ACUUAUCAAAGACAUCCCCUACAAACUCCAGUUGCAGAUUGUGAAGUUAAUGGAUUUAUCAGAUGCCAAUCAUCGUGACUGGCGGGGGAUAGCCAGUGUAAUGAAUUUGAGUGCUGAUGAUGUAAGACAAUUAGAGAAUGCUCAAGACCAUGGAAAAAUGAAAGGACUAAUUGAAAAGAUGAUUCAACUCAAAAAGACUGUGAAUGAUCUCCUUGGUUGGUUAAGGAAUCCUAAUGUAGCCAGAUGGGAUGUUAUUGAUGAAAUGAAAAAGUUUUCUAACAAUAUUCCCCCUAGGUUACUGUCACCUGAAACAGAAAGUUCAGAAGACCAAUCAUCAGUGCCACUGGAGAUUAAUUCCCGAGGUCCUUCAGCGGUGUUGGCCUAUCAUAAAGCCCUUUCAGAGGGGAAAACCACAGUAAAAAGAGUGCCCAUCAUGUUUAUUGGACAAGGUCAGUCAGGAAAAACAAGUUUAAAGAGGUCAUUAAAAGGAGAACGUUUCAACCCAGAAGAAACCAGCACCAUAGGAAUAGAGACUGACCCUUCCUACUGCAAACUUUCCCAAGAGGUAUGGAAAGUUGGAAAAAGUGUAGAUGAAGCAGCAAAUUCAGAUCCAGCGCACAUUACCUUUGAACAAUGUACAGCUCAAUGCAUUUUAACGAGCCUUAAAGAAGGGAUAAAUUCAAAAGAGAUGAAAAAUGUUCAUGCGUCGAAUCCUGAAAGUGGGAUUGACCUUUCCAACUCCAGAGUUGGAGCAACAAAUUCAGAUGAAGAAGGAAUAAAGUUAAAGGAGAUAAAGAAUGCUGUUAUGGCUGAUGAAGUCGACGCUGGACCAGAUGCACCGGAGUUAAAAGAGGUACCAGAUGAGAUAGCUGCUUUGGUUGAAAAUUGGCUUCAACUAGAAGAAGCCGAAGGUGCCCAAGGUAAACAAGAUCUGUACUCAAUUUUGUGGGAUUUUGCUGGACAAUCUGUCUAUUACGCCACCCAUCCUUUAUUUCUCACAACAAGGGCGAUUUACCUUUUAGUUCACGACUUAAGUCGAGAUCCAAAUGGUAAAGUCAGCCCUCAAGUGAAGUGCGGAUUCUACGAGGAUAGCGAGGAUGUUUUCUGUGAAAGGAGUAACAUGGAUUAUCUUGACUUAUGGAUGUCCUCUGUAUCUAGUUUGGUUCUGGAAGACGAGGACCUCCAGGAAAUGCCUGCAUCUGAAAUAUUACUAGAAAGGCUUCCCCCAGUUUUCCUUGUUUGCACUCACGCUGAUAAACCUUUUCAAGGUUCAGAUCCUCGUGCGUUGGCCCGCAAGAUAUUUGGCUCAUUGAAGACGCGGGUUUACGGAGAACAUCUAGUUGAUGUUUUUUUUGUAGACAACACUAAAUCCGGAAGUGUAGAAAAAUGUUCAGAAGUCGAUCGGCUGAGAAAGGAGGUAGAAACUGUUGCCAAUGAGUUACCACAAAUGAAAGAGGCAAUUCCGAUCAAGUGGUUGAAGUUUGAAAAGGAAAUGAAAGAGAAGCAUCAAGAUGGCCGCAAGUGGAUUUCUCUCGAUGAAGCCAAAUGUAUUGCGACCGAAAAAUGUGGUAUUUCCAGCAUUGAACAAUUUGUGGCAUUGUUGAACUUCUUACACGAUCAGAGAAUUUUAAUUCAUUUUGACGACACUCAACAGUUAAACAGAAUGGUGAUCUUGGACCCUCAAUGGUUGAUAGAUGUCUUUAAGGAGGUAAUUACCAUAAGGCCAUACCAAAGCAAAGAGAGAAAAUACGAGCAACUGUGGCUGAAGCUUGAGAGAACAGGAAUCUUGAAAGAAGAGCUCUUGCAGCAUGUAUGGGGCCCCUUGUUUGAUAACCGAGAAACUUGUCACACUCUCAUUGCCAUGAUGGAGAAAUUCUGCUUGUUAUGUCCCUUGUCGUUAUCAGUCGCGACUGAUUCACCCACUGAAUAUCUUGUACCUUCCAUGUUGAAGUUCCCACCGCUGGAGGAUGUGAGUAAGCUGAUUGCCUCUGCAGGGAUCCCGCCACUUUAUCUUAAGUUCAAGUCUAGUCAAGUGCCGUCCGGCCUUUUCUCUCGUGUGGUCCUAAUGGUCUUUCAGUGGUGCACAAAGGAGUUUUCCAGUCAAACGCAACCUCAGUUGCAUCAAAACUUUGCUAGAUUUUACACACAUCCUGCUGAAGGUUGUUCUCUAAUCCUCAAAUGCCAUUCUUCCUUCAUUGAGGUAGUUGUUCACAAAGAAAGAUGUGCCACUGGACUCUUAUUGGAUAUAGCAUCAGGACUGAAUUUGCAUUCAGAAUCUACAUACGACGCCUUUCAGGUGGAUUUUGCUCGUGCAGUCUGUCGACGACUAGGACUGAUUCUCGAGUGCAUGCGAAAAGAGUUUCCCUGGCUAAAGAACAUGGCAUAUGAUCUCUCAGUAUGCUGUCCAGUGUGCUGUGCAAGUCGUUCCGUGAAUCACUGCUGCAACCAUAAUGUACGUGGCUGUAAGGAAGAGCAGUGCCUGCAUCUGUUGUCAGAGUCUCAGCUCUUCGCUAGCCAUGGAUCCAUUGUAUGCACCCGGUCGGUUGUUGCCGUAAAUUGCAAGGUUCCUGUCAAUUUUGUUGGAUUCUGGUUUGGAUCUCUAGAGGAACGGCAAGCCACUGACGGAUACGAAGAAAACUGCCCCUUGCCUAGCAGUGGAGAUGUCCAUAACGAUCAAGCAGUUGUCCUGUGCAGUGGAGUACUUGAGGCCCUGACGACUCAGACGUGUGAUGCAAGUGAGGUUGUGGCCCAAUUUCAGCAAAGUCUCUCCUUGGAGAACCUGUCAUUGGAACAACCAGACCUUGACACUAAGAAGAAGAUCCGCUGCCUUUGUUUUAAGGCUAAGACUGCGAACAAGCCAGAAGUUGUCAAAAAAUUGAGAGAAAUUACCCCCGCGGGUCCUUUGUUGCCUGAAACGUGUGAUGUUGCCAUGAUUCCUUUGGGUCAGAGGAGAGAAUUAACGAUAAACCUUUGCGGUGGAGACGAAUGGAUGUCCCUCGCGGAGAGACUGGGUUUGACUCCGGCAGAAAUCAGAUUCCUCGACAAGCGAGUUUUGAAUCCAUGUGACGCCGCGCUGGAGCAUGCUCGAAAACAGCGGUUGAUACAGAAUGUGGGAGAUCUGUAUGAUAGAUUAGUAGACUGUGAACUCCCACGUUUGGCUGAUUUACUGUAAGGAAACACAAUUGCCAACAGCUCUUAACAUUUGUCAUAAUAAGACACCAGAGUGCUCCGUUCAUGAACUAACUUGUAAUUACCGGUCAGAUCAAUUAAUACCCAUAUUGUGGUUGGUCUCAAUACUACUCUGAUGGAAACAUUCAAAAAGUAAAAUAAGUUUGGUAGUGUAGGUCCGAUUGACUAUCAGGGGCCUUAAUGUUAGGAAUAAUUUAUGAGCUCAAAAUUCUUUGCAACAUACUGAAGUUUUGAACUAUGCACUUGCACUAGGCAAGUUUUAUCUAUCUGUUGAAUUGUUUGAUUGAUUGACGAGAAAAACAGGCCAUUUUGAACAAUUAAAAAUCACCAAAUGGCUUAUGAAUACCACAUUAACGAAAAUGUGAUACUAAGCUAGUAUCAGCUACUUAACAUACCAGGGACUGGCGCUACGUAUUUGGUUUCGUCUGGGUGGUUUGAGAAGGAUAUCUUCCAACUGGAUCUUUGUAGUCAUUGGGGAAGGUAUCCCUUGACGUUUUAUUAUUAGUAUAACCCUAUGUUUGUUUUCGAAAGAAAGAGGAGAGACGUCAACUUUAACAAGUUACCGUAAACUUUACUUUAGUAAACUGUAAGAGGUUUAAAGGAAAAAAGAUAAAUCAAAAUCAUACAAAUAACCAAAAAAAUUGAAAGCAAAACAAAGGUAUAGAUUUGAGUGAAUGAAGAUUUAGAUAUAUGAAAAUUCACAUAUUUGCACUGCGGUGGAAAGAUGUACCCAAUUCAUUGACCAGCUCCCAGUUGGCUUGUUAGCUCAAUUGGUAGAGCGCUGCACCGGUAUCGCAGAGGUCAUGGGUUCAAAUCCCGUACGGGCCUGAAAUUUUUUCAGGUCCUACUUACAACUACUAGUUUCAGUAGUGUUCUUAGCUGCGAGGAUCUUCUAAUUUCAAAGGUAUAGAUUGUUACAAAUUGUUUCUGUUACCGAUAGUGAUGUUUGCAAAGCGUAGGCUCAGAAUUGAAACAAAACUGUAUGUAUUUUUAUGAAACUUUUUUUAGAAAAGGACUGUGGUAAAUUGGCUGAAGAUUAACCAGGUUAAUAUUGUCAACAAUUUAUGUCGGAUCAUUUUACUUACCACAUAGUUCGUCCUUUAAGACUCCUAUUUUAGUCACUGCACAAAGUUCGUCGUGAUUUGAUCCAAGUUAGACAACAGAAUGGGGGUCUCAAAAAUGACCAAAGGCAAAUGUUCUCUCAUUGUCAAUGACUGAGUUAGUAAAUAGUAAAGUAAAAGCUCUAUUAAUGUGUCAAUGUAUUUAGUUUUCACAACUAAUUGGGGACACAAAAAAAAGGAAUAAAUAAAUGGAUAAAUAAAUAGAUAAGAUAAAAUAUAAUUAUUUACAAAUAAGAAA